AUGUUUUCUUCAGAAGGAUUUGGCUCUACUUACAUGACUUGUGGCUUGAAAGUGGACACUAGGUGUAAGGGAUGGGAUAGAACUAUGGGCAAAAUAUUGAAAAAAAUCAAAGGGGUGAGUUAUGAUUUGGAUGCAGAAGAAGGGAUGAUAUAUAUAUCGGGGAAAGUGGAUCCACAGAAGAUAUUAAGGAAGAUAACCAAACAUGGGAAACAUGCAGAACUGUGUUGGAUGAAAACAGGGGAUGAAAGGGCACAUGUCCCUUAUGGAGGGAUAAUGCCUUUGCCUUCUUUGCCUUAUGGGACGCCAUUGCCAUAUCAUGGAGGACACCACCAUGCUUACAACCGCCAUUUUCAGCCUCCCCCUCUUCCUCAUUUCAUGCCACAGCCUUUACGUUUUCCUCCACACUACUAUUAA